UUGGAGGUCACGAAAAUGCGUUAUCAAGCAUCGAAUUGUGCUGGAGUCUCAUUCACUGGUGCUGCAGAGGAUGGCACUCUGGUGUAUGAAAUUGAUCAUUCUGAAGAAACUAUUCUGUGUAUAUCUGAUCGCUAUCGACAUGCAACAUUCUGUGAUGUCACUCUGAUUGUUAACAAUACUCAUUUCCCCGCCAACAGAGCUAUAUUGGCAGCUCGCUCUGAAUACUUUAGAUCGUUGUUUUAUGGAGAAUUAGCUGAGUCUUCAUCCAUUGUUCAUCUGAACGAUACUAACGUGACAGCUCUCAGAAAAAUCCUACUUUACAUAUAUACGGGUGAGAUGACAUUAGAAAACAUUGAGGUCACUCUUAGCAUCCUGUGUCUCGCUCAUCAAUAUAAUCUCUGUAGUCUUGAAAAUGUCAUUUCGACCUAUUUGACACUUUCUCUCUCUGUGAAUAAUGUUUGGUGUAUCUAUGACGUAGCUGUAAAGUAUAACCUGAAUGAUCUCAUAACAAUUUGUCUAAGACUUUUAGACUGUCUUGCGCCUUCUACCUUACACAACCCAGGAUUUCUUAGGCUUUCACAGUGUAGCCAAUAAAAAGUCGAAAAUGUCUUGAAUUCGUUUACCGAGA